GCAAUUUUCUCCAGUUUUCUUCGGAUUUAAUUAUUUCUUUUCUGACAUUUAUCCCGUGAUGUAACCUAACCUUAAAUGUCAGAAAGUGGAGCUUAUAAAUAACUUUGCGGAGAAGGAAAACAGUGGGUCCUCUAUUUAUACUGGAGUCGAGCAAUGCAAGGAAUGGUCGUUCUUUCUAAAUAUAACUCCUGAGGAAGCUAUGAGCCAAGAUUUCUCUUGGCUUCAGUCGCGGUGGAUCCCCAUAAUCGGUUGGUUCAAGUCGAUCCAAUUGGAAUUACGGACCUAUUUAAACGAAGUCCUGGAGCACCUACUCCUUUUCCUGAUCUUCUACAUCAUAUUAUGCCUGCUUCUUUAUCUGCUCAUUAUGCAAUGGAAGCUUUUAAGUUUUCGAAAAGACGUAAAAGUGACUCCGAAACGCGUGCUCUUCGUGAUCGCACACCCAGAUGAUGAGUGCAUGUUCUUCGGGCCGACGGUACUCAACUUCACACGCAGACCCGGCUGUUUAGUAUACCUGAUGUGUCUUUCAACUGGCAAAAAUUAUGGAAUGGGUACCAUUAGGAAGAGAGAACUGUAUGCAGCUUGCAAGGUGCUGGGGAUCAAAGAGGAAUGCAUCAUAGUACAAAAUCACUCCUAUUUACCAGACUCCAUGAGUGUCAAAUGGCCUGCAGAGAUAGCAGCUCAGUUAAUCCUCCACCAAGUCGCCCUUUAUGACAUAGACACUUUAAUCACCUUUGAUAAACAUGGAAUCAGCAGGCAUUUGAACCACUGCAGUUUAUACUUUGCUGUGGCACAUCUAAGUACAACUAAGCAAUUACCCAAUAGUUGUAACGUUUAUGUACUUGAAUCAGUAAAUAUAGUUAGGAAAUAUUGGUUAUUAUUAGAUAUUCCAAUAAGUUACAUAUUAUCCAGGAUAAGGUAUAUUGCUACCAAUACCGAUAGGUGUUUGCUGAAGAGGGCGAUGCAGCAGCACCAAUCGCAAUACGUGUGGUUUCGAAAGCUCUUUCUGCGGUUUUCCCGGUACCAAAUGAUUAACACGCUACAGAAGAUGGACAGACAAGACAUCGAGUUGGAUUUAGAACUCGACGAUGAUUGAUUGAACAUUUUCCCACUCGAAAUAAAGAAGGCUUCGAGGAGGUUUUCUACGCGGGGGCUUCAGUGCAAUAGUUUUUUAUCCUUAAGUAAAGAUAUCUUAAUUUUUAAACAGGAUAUUAAUAAUAUUUGAUACGGAAACUUUUUACUGCUUCCUUAUAUACUAAAAAAAACGAACAGCUUUCAAUGCAGGGUUGUCUUUUUAUUGAUUAUAUUACAAAUAAUGCUCAUUCUUACGUUCUUAUAUAUUCAUCUAUUUAUUUCUUUAGGUGUAAAAGACAACAAAUCAAAAUUGUUUAGUUUUUUGGCCAAAGCUAUUAUGUAAGAAUUCUUUGUAGAACAAAUUACGUAUUAGAUUUUAAAUGAGUUCUCGUAGUCAUGUAUUUUCACGACUCCACCGACGAAAAUUGUAUUCAUUUCAAAUACAUUUUCGAACGCUCGAGUUUAUUGAACGUAACACCAAGUCAUAGGAAUUUAAGAUGGAAUCGACAUGUGUUUAAAGGCUUUACGUUUUGUGGCAUGCCCUGUAUAUAUGUAAAAUCUUGAGAAUAGAUUAUUUUUCAACGGCAAUUUGAUAUUACGACUAUUUAUUUAUUCGUUUCUUAAGAAAUAUGA